UCUGGUGUCGGUGAGGAGCAAAGAUGGCGUGUUCCGCGGCUCGCAGCUCUGCACGCUGGAUCUCAGCGGCCGUGUCCUCCAGUCACAGCCGGGCAUGCUCACCCUUCAUCCCCCGUACGGAUGGAGUCUACACGGGCUUCAAGAGGCUGUCAGGCCGGCAGAUGUGGACGACGCGCGGGGGGCUCUCCGGAGGAGCCGGGGCUGCGGUGACAUUGAGCGGCAUGACAGCUAUAGGCUCUUCGCAUGUGGUCUGUAAGAUGUUGUUUCACACCAGCGCUCCUUCAAGAAAACAAGACUUCUACCAGAUUUUAGGAGUUCCUCGCUCGGCAACACAGAAGGAGAUUAAGAAAGCUUAUUACCAGAUGGCCAAAAAGUAUCACCCAGACACUAAUAAAGAAGACCCUCAAGCUAAGGAGAAGUUUGCACAGCUAGCGGAGGCCUACGAGGUUCUCAGUGACGAGGUAAAGAGGAAACAGUAUGACACGUACGGUUCUGCAGGUUUUGACGCGGGUCGCGCCGGUGCGGGACAUCAGCAGUAUUGGGGCGGGGGGACCAGCAUUGACCCGGAGGAGCUUUUCCGCAAAAUCUUCGGCGAGUUUUCUGGCGCUCAGGGCUUUGGGGAUUUCAACGCCAUCUUCAAUCAGCCACAAGAGUAUGUGAUGGAGCUGACGUUCGCUCAGGCUGCUAAAGGAGUGAAUAAGGAGAUCACAGUGAACAUCGAGGGCACAUGUCAGCGCUGUGACGGCAGAGGACACGAGCCUGGAUCUAAAGUCCAGCACUGUGGAAACUGUAACGGCACUGGCAUGGAGACGGUGAACACGGGACCCUUCGUGAUGCGCUCCACCUGCCGGCGCUGUGGAGGGAGAGGUUCAGUCAUCACAUCGCCCUGUGUCGCCUGCCGAGGGACGGGACAAACCAAACAGAGGAAAACCGUCACAGUGCCUGUUCCUGCUGGUAUUGAGGAUGGGCAGACGGUGCGAAUGCCUGUUGGAAAGAAAGAGAUCUUCAUUACGUUCAGAGUCCAGAAGAGUCCGAUCUUCAGGAGAGACGGCGCUGACAUUCAUUCUGACGUCAUGAUCUCUGUGGCUCAGGCCAUCCUGGGUGGCACCAUCAGAGCGCAAGGACUCUACGAGACCGUCAAUCUCUCGAUCCCAGUUGGAACCCAAACUGACCAGAGGAUCCGGCUAUCUGGUAAAGGUAUACCACGGGUCAGCGGAUAUGGUUACGGUGACCACUAUGUCCACAUCAAGAUCAAAAUCCCCAAGAUGUUGACGGACCGACAGCGAGCACUUAUGAUGAGCUAUGCAGAGGACGAGUCUGAUGUGGAGGGAACCGUCAACGGAGUGACCAGCACCACUGCAGGUAAAAGAUCGGCUGGAAACUGAGAGACUUUGCCUUGCUAGUGGAGAUUGAGAAUUCACUGCAAACAUGAUGGACUUACAACACAGGUGUCAAACUCAGUUCCUGGAGAGUUUCUUUAGUUUCAGUCCUGCUUCAACACACCUAUCUCUAGGUAUCAAACAAGUUUAAAGCACUCAAUUAAUUUGAUCAGGUAUGUUUAAUUAGGGUUGGAACUAAACUGCAGAGCUGCGUCCCUCCAGGAAUUGAGUUUGACACCCCUGAUUUACAAGAAGAAACAGCAUUUUGUAAACAUGAACAGCAUUGAAUUCAUCUGGAAAACACCUCAGAAACUACACAGGAUGAAGAGCUCUGAACGUACAAUUGACUUUUAAGAGCAGAUCGCUGAGGAUUUUGAUAAACGCACACAUGUACUGUCUUACCUGAACUUUGUCAGCCUUAGCACCUACAGCAAUGCUCUUUCUUGGCUUUGGACCAUAAUUUUAUGUUAAAGUUUAACACAGUCAGUUCUAUUUUCAGACAUUGGAAGUGAAUUGACUUCAAUAGAGUUAUUCAUUUGACAUUAAUGAAGCUCAUUGUUCAAGAUCUUCGUUUUGUGUUGAAACGCCGCUGAAGGUUACAUCCGUCUGCUUUAUUUGCAGUGUACAUAGGCUACUGUUAAUAUUAAAAUCAUUUUAAUGUGUUGUAGAGAUAAAUAUGUAAUAAUUAAAAUCUCUGUGACAACUGUACAUGAA